AUGGCAACAGUAAAUAGGGUAGGGGUGGUCCUUACAUCUCCCAAAGACUGGGAUGAAUGGAUCGAGACAAUAAAAACAACAUCAAUGAAAGCUGGAGUAUGGAGGUAUAUUGACCCGAACAAUAUUAAUCCUCCUAUUCUAGAGCCACCUACUCGUCCUGCCCCUAGCUUUGUGCAUGCCGCAGCACAGGCAGGCCAAGGGUUUGCAACAUAUUCAUCUUCGCAGCAAGCACCCGCAGGUGUGGCAACAAGAGGACGAUCCUCUGCACAGCAACCUCAGCAGUCUGUUGAAGACCAACAACAACUUUCCUCGCAACUGAUGCCAAUCACAUAUGCGAGUUUGACCAAAGAUCAAAAAGAAGAACUUCAGAACCUAAAAGACGAUUACCAACAUGAUUACCAGGAAUCCCUGGCAGAAGGAGCAUCAAUUCCAAGUUCUGCAAACCAAACCGAUGAACCUCAUGAUCCUAAUUUCAAAUCUGAAACCUUCCUUCACACUCUGGGCAAAACAGCUCAAGAGAGACGUGAAUCUAUACUUGCAAAUCGACAUGAAAAGGCUGAAUGGAAUGUUGAAACCUUUGACGAACUCCAGAAACUAUCUGUCACCAACCAGAAAAUGGCAUGGACUUUGCACAAGAACAUUCUUCAGGACUAUUUGGCCCUAGCAGAGGAUUCGAAUUCGAUACUGGCUGAAAAGGAUGAUGCCAUUCUCCAGUUACAGGAACUGAUCCAGAGCAACGAGCAACAAAUCUCUGAGCAACAAACAAUUCAGAAAUAUCUUGAAAAGCAAACCCAACAAGCUCUGAAGAAUGAACCAGGACACCACUCUUACAGUCAACUGUCAGCUCGGAUUCCAGACCCUCCAAUCCUCACAGAUGGGAUAGAGCCAGCAUUUGAAGACUGGGUUGUGAAAAUUUGCCUCAAGCUCGAAGCCAACAUUGAUCAUUUUCCAACACAGACUUUACAAAUGAGCUACAUUCAGAGUCAACUGGGAGGACUGGCAGUUCGACAUGUCAAUCCAAGGCUUCGACCAAACUCUACAAACAAACUGCAGACAGCAGAAGAAAUUCUCGAACUUUUGGAAAAAAGUCUUCAGUGA